AGCGUUUCGAGGCGUAAACCGGUGCUGUAUUCAAAUCUCAGUGUGAUGUUGGACUCCUUUCGGUGCCUGUCAGUCGAAACUAAGAGGAAAGGAUCCAACCUCAUGAGUAUGUUCUGCAGACCCAUGUAUGUGUUGAACAAAUGACCAUCCUGCCAAUUCACCUCUAGGCAGAGCAACAAUGGAGUCAGUCAUGCUGAACAAUUGCUGACCCAAGAGUUAUGUUUCACUGAAUGAGGUAAGCCAACGGGAUAGCUGAGUGAAUACCCACUCUUGAGCGACUACAAGCCGGUAUACAAGCUGAAGCCCAAGUAUGGCGGAUAAAUCAAUCUAUGAUUUCUGUGCUGAGACCCUGGAUGGGGAAUUUGUCCCACUCAGUAACUACAGGGGUAAGGUGCUCCUGAUCGUCAACCUUGCCACUUUCUGAGGGUCAACAAUAGAAGAGUACCACCGGCUGAAUGCACUGAUGGAAAUGUUUGGUGACCUCAACUUCACCGUCCUUGGGUUCUCCUGUAAUCAGUUUGGUCUUCAGUCACCAGAGGUAAACCAUGAAACCCUUAAUGUUCUGAAGUAUGUGAGACCCGGCGGAGGGUUUGUUCCCAAAUUCCCUGUGUUUGGCAAAGUGGAGGUGAACGGACUGAAUGAAGAACCUCUUUUCACCUUUCUCAAGGAAUCUUUGCCAUUUGUGAACGCUGUUAUUGGAGAUAUAAAGAAAUUCUACUGGUCCCCAAUCAAAGUCAAUGAUAUCCGGUGGAACUUUGAGAAGUUCCUCAUCAGUGCAGACGGCACGCCUUUCAGACGCUUUGAACUCCACUGUCCCAUUCAGUCGGUGGAGAAAUCCAUCGCCGAACUUCUGUAGAAGCAGCUCCUCAAGCCGACAUCAGUGGCAGAGUGACGAUCCCUCAGUAAAUGCAAGUUUGCACCUGGGCUGGAUCUGAUGGGAAAGGGAACAGGACUCAGAGGUUCAGUGCAUUCACUCUGAGAGCAGCUUCCCUUCAGCCGCUGGUGUCAUUUCAGGGUCACUGUCACCUGGUCUCAAUGCCUCGGUGUCUUUUAUUAGACAGAACAUGUCAAAUAAAGGCAAAUGUUUCAGCAAA